CGUCAUCACCGCGCGUCGUCAGAACAGUGGGGCCCCGGGCAGUUCUAAAAACAGAACGCGGGCUUACUUACAGUCGUGGAGAUUCUCUUAUCAAUAUAAUUCACAAAGGAAAUGUUCGACACAUAAGUGGAACUAACGCCUUGUCGAUGCUGGUGCAGGAGAGUGAAGUCUUUCACUCUGAGCUGCCAUGAUGAAGAGAAGAGCUGAAGGACCGUCGACAGUACUGAAGGGUGCAAAGAUAAGUCGUGAUGACAGCAGCUCAGAUGAAGAGUCACAGUUAUCCAGACAAGACUCCAGCCAAAAUGAAUCCCUCAGCGAUCAGGAGGAUCACAGACCAGGGUUCUCCAUGCCCUCCAUAUCAUCCUUUGAUGAACAAGAGACAAAUGCAAACCCUGCAGACACUGCCAAUUUCUCAAUGUACAACAGUGUGUCACAGAAGCUCAUGGCCAAGAUGGGUUUCCGUGAGGGUGAGGGUCUGGGGAAAUUUGGCCAAGGACGCAAGGAGAUCGUGGAGGCCUCCACUCAGCGGGGUAGAAGGGGUCUUGGCCUCACACUGCAGGGCUUUCAGGGGGAGCUCAAUGUCGACUGGCGUGAUGAACCUGAGCCCAGUGCUGUAGAGAAAGUGGACUGGUUCCCUGAAUGCACCACAGAAAACCCAGAUGAUGAUGAGCUGAGGGAUUGGAUGAGAGUGGGACCGAGAAAACUGAAGAUUGAGGAUGAGACAGAGUUUUGUUCUGAAGAUCUGCUGCACACUCUUCUAAGGUGUAAGACGGUGUUUGAUAAUCUGGAAGGUGAGGAGAUGAGGAGAGCUCGGACACGCUCCAACCCUUACGAGACAAUUAGAGGAGGGAUCUUUCUCAACAGAGCUGCAAUGAAAAUGGCAAACAUCGACCACUGCUUUGAUCACAUGUUCACCAACCCAAAGAAUUCCAAAGGGAUCCCUCUGACUAAGGACCGUGAGGGUGAGCUUCUGUACUUCGGCGAUGUCUGUGCGGGACCAGGAGGCUUUUCUGAGUACAUACUGUGGAGGAGACGCUGGCAUGCCAAAGGCUUCGGCAUGACACUGAAAGGACCCUGUGACUUCAAACUGGAAGAUUUCUAUGCAGCACCGAGUGAGCUGUUUGAGCCUUAUUACGGCGAGGGAGGUGUGGAUGGUGAUGGUGACAUCACUCGGCCAGAAAACGUGACAGCCUUUCGGAACUUUGUGCUAGAGAGCACAGAAAGAAGAGGGCUGCACUUCCUCAUGGCAGAUGGGGGUUUCUCUGUGGAAGGUCAGGAAAACCUUCAGGAGAUCCUGAGCAAACAGCUGCUACUGUGUCAAUUCCUCACUGCCCUCUCUACACUCAGGACAGGUGGUCACUUUGUCUGUAAGACGUUUGACCUCUUCACUCCCUUCAGUGUGGGUUUGGUCUAUCUGGUCUACCUCUGCUUUGACAGGGUAUGUCUCUAUAAACCUGUCACCAGCCGACCUGCCAACUCUGAGAGGUACAUAGUGUGCCGUGGUCUGAAGCCAGGUUCAGAUGCCGUCAGGGAAUACAUGUUCAGAAUAAACCUGAAACUGAACCAGCUGAGGAAUACAGACAGAGAUGUCACAGAUGUGGUUCCACUGAGCAUCAUCAAGGAUGACACAGAUUUCUAUCAGUUCAUGGUCAACUCCAAUGAGCGCCUCUGUGCAGUCCAGAUCAAGGCUUUGGCCAAGAUCCAUGCUUUUGUCGUCGACCCGACUCUUUCGGUGCCGAAGCAAGCUGACAUUAGGAAGGAGUGUCUGAAGCUCUGGGCGGUCCCAGACAAGGCCAGGGUGACCCCUGCUUCCUCUGACCCAAAGACAAAAUUCUACGAAUUGAAUAAGUCUUCAGAUGUGGAGCCAUUCCAGUGCAAACUCACACAUCUCAACUCCAGUACGCUUGAAAAGAUGCGUCACGUACUGGACCACAGGUGCAUUGUGGGAGGUGGAGAGCAGAUCUUUCUUCUAUCACUUGGGAAGUCUCAGAUUUACACAUGGGAUGGGAAGAUGCCACUGCGCUGGAGGAAACUGGAGAAUUUUAAACUAGAGCUGCCAAGGGACACACUUCUGAGUGUGGAGAUUGUCCAAGAGCUGAAGGGCGAGGGAAAAGCUCAACGUAGAAUCAACGCAGUUCACGUAAUGGACGCACUGAUUCUCAACGGCACUGAUGUAAGAGACCAACACUUUAACCAGCGGAUCCGGAUGGCUGAGAAGUUUGUGAAGGCGGUGGCCAAACCCAGCAGACCAGACAUGAACCCUAUCAGAGUAAAGGAGGUGUACAGGUUGGAGGAAAUGGACAAAAUCUUUGUCAGACUGGAGAUGAAGGUAACAAAGAGUUCAGGAGGAGUCCCUCGUCUGUCCUACACCGGCAGAGAUGACCGACACUUCCUCCCCACAGGACUCUACAUCAUUAAGACUAUCAGUGAGCCUUGGACGAUCGCAUACAGUAAGAACUCCAAGAUGAAGUUCUUCUUUAAUAAGACAACCCAGGAGUCCACUUAUGUAAUGCCACAAAACUGCGCCACUCCUUUCCAUGUCUGCCACUCUGAGCGUCUCUUCUGGGCCUGGGUGGAUGGAGUCAAAGUUCACGAAUCUCAGACCCGGAUGGAUCCUGAGAAACUGUCCAAAGAUGAUGUUUUGUCCUUUAUCCACAGGAACUACCAGCCCUGAAAAGCUUAGAGAGUCCAGAGCCUCACCAGCAACCUCAACACACAGUGCACUAAAUUAUGGAGGAUAUAGAUCAUGCUAUAUUGCAGUUUGUUGUUUUUAUGUUUAUUUUGACCGUGGAAGGAUUAUGAAAAAUACCACAGCUGGAAUUGUCUUAAUGAAUCCCCAUUUUUAUUGUCCUGUUGUCAAUCAAUGACCUGCUGUUGAAUAUUCUGUUCUCCAUAUUAUGUUGAUGUGAGAAAUAAUGACCAGGUGGUAACUGGAGCUCUGGAGCUGACAGUGAUACCUUGACACCAACAGGCGUUCAACUAACUAAUAAUGUCUUGUGCCUUUUGCACUGCUCUUAUUCAGCACAGACAAAAAGCUGAUGCCAUUGUCUCCACGUUGAAUUGCAUGUCUCUUAAUGAUUAGUUUUUUUUGUUUUGUUUUUUGUGGUUUCUAGUCCAUACAAUGCUUGUGUGUAUUUGUUCACAUCACACUUACAGUAAUAGAUAGGGUCACAAAUGUUAAACUAUGCAUCCAGGUGUGCAAACACAGCCGUGCUUGCCUUGCUUUAAACACAACUGCUCCUCUUUGUCUCUGUAGAGACAAGCUUCUGCUCCUCAGUGCUCCUGCUAUUCUCUAGUCUGUAAACUCAAUAAACACAACAAUCUUGUUCUCAGUCAUCCUCAAUACCAUUAAUGUCAAUUACAGCUGUAGCAGCUUUUCUUCCAUUUAUACCUGAUCUGUCAUGGAGGUUGGUUAAAGUUUUGGAAGUAGUCGUAGUUUUCGGAUUGUUCCCACUGACUCUUUGUUCUGAUUGUGCCUCCUUUUGCCUGGACUGUAUGUUACUUAAAUUCUGCAAUGGAUUUAUUUUUUUCUCAUGUAAAGUUGGCUAUCAACUCUUUUGAUGUAAAUAGUGGUAAAAGUAAAUAAAUGGGAGAUGUUCAACCCAGAA